UAGCGAGGAACCGAGAAACAACCGAACCGAACCGCAAGUCCGUCGUAGUCGUUUAUGGUCAAUAAUAAUUCGUCAUCCGUUGUUUUAUUUCUUUUUUCCGUCUUUUGGGUGUGGAGUAUGUAUAUUUUAUCUAUUUUAUUAAAUAUUAAUGUAAAUUCUCAUCAAAUCAAAAACUAUACAAGUGUCAGUGAGAAACUUUAGGAACACCCACCAAAGUCAAAGUUGAUAACCAUAUUCUGUGUUGAAAAAGAAAAAGACGUCCUACCAUAAUGUACCUAUGUACCUACCUAUCUUCCUAGUGUAUCUCAUGUGAAAAUGAAAUAUGUCGAAAAGAAUUGAAAGAAAAGUAAUAAAAUAAAACAACAAAAUAGAUUUAAAGAAGUUGUAAAAGUUUAAUAAAACAUGAACUUUUAAGAGCUCUUCAUCCAUGAAUUGACGGUGUAAAACAACAGAAGCUGGAAAACAAAACGAUUCAAAUUCAAAAUCAUCAUCAAACAUCUUUUUGCUAUAAUAAUUAUUAUUCCCUGCAUCAAUGCAUCCGCGCAUCCUUCGAACGAAACUCGAAAUGAGAAUCUGGAUAAAGAUCAUUUAACACAUCAGCAAGCUCGUCAAUUCGCACAAUAUGCUAAGCAAGACUCAAAAACUUAUUUUAGGUAUAAUUGUUUUAAUACUCGUUGACAUUAUAUGGGUAACGUCUAAUGAGAUUACAAAGUUUCUAUAUGAAGAUGAAAAAUAUGACAAACCAUUCUUUUGUACCUAUUUUAAGACAUCUAUGUUUACAAUUUACCUAAUUGUUAUUGGUUUAAUAACACCAUGGAAAGAGGCAUGCGAACAACCGGGAAAUUAUUCGGCUAUUGAUCAACAAACUGAAGAUGAAAACUACUACGCAACACAGGGAUCACUUAGUGAUCCAACAUACAUUCCAAUACGUACACCUGGAACAAUUUCUGGCACAGAAAGCGAUGAUUCUGGAAUUCGUAUCGUGCGAUUCAAUAAAAUGGCUGAAGUUCGAGAGAUGUCAGCCCACGAAGCAACCGAAGCACUAAUGUCACGUCUAUCGUAUGCAGCGAGUUUAAGGAUACGCCGGCAAAGGACACACCAUAAGACUGCAAAGACAGCAUUGCUCUUUAGUAUCCUUUGGUUCAUUGCAAAUUGGUUGUAUCAAUUGUCGUUGGAACAAAGCCAAAGUGCAAUGGUCGUCCUUCUUAGUUCAUCAUCUAGUUUCUUUACACUUGUAUUAGCUGGAUUUUUCCCUUCGUCCUCUGGUGAUAAAUUUACAUUCUCUAAGUUUUUAGCUGUUGCCAUGAACAUUAGUGGUGUUGUGACUGUGACAAUAUCUGAUAUCUCAGAUUCGAAAUUUUCUCGUGGUGUUAUUUUAGCUUUAUUUAGUGCAUUCUUUUAUGCGGCGUACCUGGUCUUUGUAAAAAGAAAAAGUGACACUGAAGAAAAAGUAGACAUUCCAUUAUUCUUUGGUUUCGUUGGCCUAUGGAAUUUAAUACUCAUGUGGCCUAUAUUUUUUGUUCUAAAUUUUCUUCAAUUAGAAACUUUUGAGCUUCCCAAUCAAAAUCAAUUUGCGGUGCUAUUUCUAAAUGGUCUUAUUGGUACUGUAGUAUCUGAAGCUCUUUGGCUAUGGGGCUGUUUUCUAACAUCAUCGCUUAUUGGAACACUUGCAAUGACAUUACAAAUUCCAAUGUCCAUUGUUUUUGAUCUCAUCCUCGAAAGGAAACCCUACUCAUCAUCAUUUUAUAUAGGUUCAAUUCCAAUAUUCAUUGCUUUGCUACUAGUUGCUCUAUUAACUAAAAACGAUGAUGCCGAUCCAAUUUAUUGUUUCUUUAAAUUAAUUCAUCGAAAAUUAUGUCGUUGCCGUAAACCGAGUAUUGUUAGAAUAAACGAUGAAGAACAACAAGAAUCUCUAAUUGGAAAUCAUGAUUAGGAAAACGUUUAUCCCUCAAAGUCUCUCAGACUAAAGAGGGAAUAAGAUGCCUAAUUUGAAGAUUGUCACAUACAACAACAACACAACUAAAUAAAACUGCUCUAAAAGUCCUCUGUUUUUGGUUCGCCGAAUACAUUACAACAUUAUAUAUUUUUUGAAACAAAUAUACAGAUAUAAGCAACAACAAAAGAAAUUAGAAGAAAAAAAAAGUUUAAAUAAAAUAUAAAUAUAUUCUUUGUGAUAUCAAUAAUAUAAUAAUUACUAUUAUUAAUUAUAAAACAAAACAAACAAACAAAAAUACAAAUUGAAUUAAGUUUAAAGUUUUAAUAUUAUUAUUUUUUUUAGCUUAUUUUUGUUUUAAAUUUGUCUUCUUGUUAUGUCAUUUAUACUCUUUUGUAUUUAUUUAAUUUUGUUUUAUUUUUGUUUUUUGAAAUUUAAAUCUUUAUCCCAUACUAAAAAAAAUGAAAUUAUAAACAAUAUAAUGUGUAUUUAAGUUGUUUAAUCAUUAAACAAAAAAAAAAGCAUAUAAAAGAAAAAAGACUUCUACGCCUCCCUAAUAAAUAAUAACAAAAUGUAAAAAAAUACAAUUUGUAUGUAUUUUCUGUAUUCAAUAAAAUAAACACAUUUUAAUGUAUUUAAAAAUGAUAAUAAUAUAAAAUAAGAUAUAUUUUGAAACAUUCUUAAAAAAAU